AUGCGCGAAAUCGUCCACAUUCAGGCUGGUCAGUGCGGCAACCAGAUUGGCUCCAAGUUCUGGGAGGUCAUCUCCGACGAGCAUGGCAUCGACCCUACCGGCACCUAUCAUGGCGACAGCGAUCUCCAGCUGGAGCGCAUCAACGUCUACUACAAUGAGGCCUCCAACGGCAAGUACGUGCCUCGCGCCGUCCUCGUCGACUUGGAGCCUGGCACCAUGGACUCGGUCCGCUCGGGCCCCUUCGGUCAGCUCUACCGGCCUGACAACUACGUCUUCGGCCAGUCUGGUGCCGGCAACAACUGGGCCAAAGGCCACUACACUGAGGGCGCUGAACUGGUGGACGCUGUGCUCGAUGUCGUUCGCAAGGAAGCCGAGGGCUGCGAUUGCCUUCAGGGCUUUCAGAUGACUCACUCUCUGGGCGGUGGUACUGGCUCCGGCAUGGGCACCCUACUUAUCUCGAAGAUUCGCGAGGAGUACCCUGACCGCAUCAUGAACACAUUUUCUGUUGUUCCCUCUCCCAAGGUGUCUGACACCGUCGUUGAGCCCUACAACGCCACCCUCUCUGUCCACCAGCUGGUCGAGAACACCGACGAGACUUUUUGCAUUGAUAACGAAGCCCUCUACGACAUCUGCUUCCGCACUCUGAAGCUCACAACGCCCACCUAUGGCGAUCUUAACCACCUUGUCUCUGUGACCAUGUCUGGCGUGACUACCUGCCUCCGCUUCCCUGGCCAACUGAACGCCGAUCUGCGCAAACUGGCUGUCAACAUGGUGCCCUUCCCUCGCCUGCACUUCUUCAUGCCCGGCUUCGCUCCCCUGACCUCGCGUGGAUCUCAGCAGUACCGUGCCCUGACUGUGCCCGAGCUGACCCAGCAGAUGUUCGACUCGAAGAACAUGAUGGCCGCCUGCGACCCGCGUCACGGCCGCUACCUGACUGUUGCUGCCAUCUUCCGCGGCCGCAUGUCCAUGAAGGAGGUGGACGAGCAGAUGUUGAAUGUCCAGAACAAGAACAGCUCGUACUUCGUUGAGUGGAUCCCCAACAACGUCAAGACUGCCGUCUGUGACAUCCCACCCCGUGGCCUGAAGAUGUCUGCCACCUUUAUUGGCAACUCAACCGCCAUCCAGGAACUGUUCCGUCGCAUCUCUGAACAGUUCACCGCCAUGUUUCGACGAAAAGCUUUCUUGCACUGGUAUACUGGAGAGGGCAUGGACGAAAUGGAAUUUACUGAAGCCGAAUCGAACAUGAAUGAUCUGGUGUCGGAGUACCAGCAGUACCAAGAGGCCACCGCUGAAGACGAGGGAGAAUUCGAGGAGGAGGAGGAGCCCCCACAGGAGGCUUAA